AUGGGUUGUUGCAUCAGCAAAUUCUCUCCAAAGACAAAAGAUUUCAAACAAGUAGAAGAACCUCAAGAGAAGUACUGUUAUGUUCCAGAGAAGCUGUUCAUGUCUCGCUGUCCAAGUCGAGUUUCUCCACUUGUUCUUCCUGAUAAGAACCGGUUUAAUCCCAUCCCUGUCCCGGAUAAGUUUAUCCAAAUCCCAGAAAAACUGCAUCCUCUUCUUUCUCCUCAUGUAAAGUUGGCAUCUUUCUCUCCAAUCAAACCUUCAACCACAAGCAACUCUUCUCUCAGCUCAUCAAGCUCGUCACUUUCAACCGCUUCUUCGAUCUCGGUUUCAAAGGAGCGAUCGUUCUCAAACGACUUCUUGCGUGCUUGUUACCAAGAGAAUUCACAUGUUGCUCGGAUCAAUUCCUUACGAGAAUCUUCUCUUUCUCUGAAAAACGCUAAACCGGGGCAUCCUAGCCGGUCUAAUUCCCCUGUUAAGCCAAACCGGUAUUCAACAACACCAAACAGAGCAAAUGAAAAGCCGGAGAGAGGAGCAAAUGGUUCUAAGAGAACCCGAGAGCCAUCGCCAAACCACCGUGCGUUGACACGACAGAAGAGCUUUCGUCUAGAUCAAGAAAGGGUUAUUAUGCCUUCAUCAAAUUCUAUAACCAAGGGAAAGUUCUUGAAAUCGCCAUCUCCAAGCAGGAGAUUUGAGGGCAAUCUCUUGAAAUCGCCAUCUCCAAGCAGGAGAUUUGGUACGACAACGGGACAUUCCACGGUACAGUCAGUCUCUUCUUGUUUAAGGAAAGAUAGCUUAGAUCUGUCUCGUCCCAAGAAUUUUUCUCAGAACAACAGAUCAGAGACUAGAAUUCAUCGUAUAAGUUCUAAGAUCGACGAAACCGCUAUCAAAGAAGCAGUCGAAGGCCACAAGGAACCGGUUGUUCCGAUAUUUGAAGAGAUCGGCAAUCCUUUAAUUGAUUUGGAUUGCUUCAUCUUUCUGUAA